AUGCCACGUGUACCGAUGCUUACGCCAGAUUUAAAAUUUUGCUUGACAUCGUUACCUGCCAAUUUUUCGUCACAAAUUAAAGAGUAUAUUCUAUUGCAUUAUCAAGAUGAUCCAACGAAGUAUGAUAGUGCUAUUUGUGAAAUCGAAAAUAUGCGUUCGAAAUUGAGUCGGAUUUUGCCCGAUUCAGAAACGUUGAACAUAUUGAAGCGGUAUUAUGCACAGUUAUGCUUGAUGAAGAAUAGAUUCCCAAUGGAAAAAGGGGAUAUUAUCAAUGUAGCCUUCUCCUGGAUGGAUAAGAGCAGUGAUAUGUCAAGUGCAGCUGUCUUCGAAGAUAUCAAUUAUGAACUUGCUUGUGUGAUGUAUAAUAUUGGUGCGGUACAUGGAGCGAUUGCUGCUAAUGAACCGCGCACUGACCUGGAAUCAAUUAAGAAUGCUUUCACACAUUUCCAAUGUGCUGCAUAUCCUUUCGAACAAAUACGUGACUCAAUGAAUGCUGCCAAGUAUUCUGCUGUUGAUUUCGAUCCUUCUGUUUUGACGUUUUAUGUAACUCUGCUAUUGGCGCAAGCGCAAGAAUGUUUACUGGAAAAGAGCAUCAUUGAUCAUCGCAAGAGUACAGUGAUAGCAAAGCUGGCAAUACAUCUGAGAGAUGUAUAUAUACAGUGUCGUGAACAUUUUGAUUUCACUGGCUUGAGCGAUGUCCUCUCUUCCAGGUACAAAGAAUGGCUAAGAACAUGCACUGUAAAAUCGGAAUUGUAUGGAGCUAUUGCAAUGCUUCAUCUUGGAUUACAAGCAGAAGAUGAUAACAAAAUGGGUUUCAGAGUUUCUUAUUUCGACUUUGCAAUGGAACAUGUAAUUGCGGCUAUGAAACAAGUCGAGAAGGAUAAGCGAGAAAGUUUAAAAGAAGCUGUCAUUUUCUUGAAUGAUAUCAUCUUCGGAAAACAACGAAAUGCAAAGAAAGAAAAUGAUUUUAUUUAUCAUGACCGAAUGCCGAAACGAGAAGAAUUAGCGAUUGUGGAGGGUGUCAACAUGGUAAAAGCGGUUGGGUUCGAUCCAACCGACAAAUCAAUCUCCGGUCCCGAUCUUUUUGCUGCAUUGCUACCAGGAAAUGUGCUCAAAUCACUUUCGCUUUAUAGUGAAGAGAAAGCAAAGUUCAAACGUUCUCUGCUAGAAAAAAUUGAAGAAAAGAAUAAGGAAUUAGAAGAUUAUAUUAAAUCUCUGCAAUUGGAAGAAAUUAAUUUUGAUGAUGAAUCAAAAAUAGAAGAACUUCCGGAAAUGUUAUUAGAAAGAAGUGCUGCAUUUAACUCACAACCAGAUGCUUUUCCUGAACUACUGGACAAAUUGCAUCAAGUGGGAGAUUGUGCAAUAGAAGCGGAUCAUAAAAUCAGCAACUUACGCAGUAGGCUGGAUGCUAUCAACUCCAUUCAACUGAAAGCUGACGAAGGAUUCAUUGCUAUCAUGAAGGAACUUGAUCGUGUCAACGAUCACCAUAUGAAAGCGCGGACAAACAAUGCAGAGCUACAACGUGCAUUAGCUGCGCAUUCAGAAAGUUUAAAAAUUCUGGCGAUGCCUUUGAACGAAUUACGCAAACGAUUAACAGAUACUCAGACAAGACCAGCAGAUAGCGCGGAAGGACUGCUAUUGAAGAAGAUGCUGGAUAAAGCAAAUGAAAUGAGCACUCAACGAUGUACUCUACUUUCGAAAUUAAAUGAAGAUUUGCUAAAUGAUGACAUUACAGCAAAAUGUCUAGCGGAGAAGAAUGAAGAUAAUUGGGGAUUGUAUGAGAACGAGCUAAAGAAGCAUGAGGAGAUUGCCACACUGAUUCAUAUGAAUCUUGCUGCACAACAUAAUAUACUUAGUGCACUGACUGAUGCGAAUGCGAGUUUUGGUGAUUAUCGUAAAAAGAUUAUCGAUGAAAAUAAAAGGCAUCGCAUGGACCAGGUACUUGCCCUAACUGCGGCUUAUGAUGUAUAUGUUGAUGUUUCGCAGAAGACAGAAGAAGGCUUAAAAUUCUAUUCAACGUUAUUUUCAAUCGUGAAAGGUUUGGGAGACGCUGUUGAAGCAAUUGAAACUGCUUUUGAAGAAGAAAAGAAAGAAAAGGAAAAAGAAAUGCUGCGAGGAUUGGAAGAACGUGUAAAUGCUGAUGCGAAAUGGACUGCUUCUGCAAAAAAUGUUAAGAAGGGCGAAGAACCUAUUUCAGUAGGGUCCGAAAGUAUGAGAAAUGAAGGUACGCCAAAAGUGGGUUAUAAUGGGCUAAGAUUAAAAGAUUGUUUGGAGUACUACCGAAAUAACAUUGCUAGAGGAGCAAUGAGCACCCAAGCAACAUAUUUUCCCUAUAGCACACAACAAUCUCAUUCCUUUGAUAUGCCAUCUACACUUCGCAGAGAUAUACCACCUAACCAAACGAUACCAACAUCUGAUACUGUUCAGUUUUCUGACUAUCAGACUUCAGCACCGUUACGCCAUUUCGCAACUAUAUCUAAUCAGUCUGUAUCAAAUUUAUCACUAAAUAGUAGCGCAAAAGAGAUCCAGCAACCGUAUGUAUUUUCUGGUAAUGUGGCACUACCACCGCGUUCAUUACAAGCAUCAAUGCCCUUAACUUCUCAAUCACAAAUCAUAGCACCGCAGCAUCCCAUAACUCCACCGUAUUUUUUUGCAAGUCAACGUACUUCAUCCUUUCCAAAUCAAGAUAGAAAUGAAACUGCUAAUAUUCAGCAGAUUAACACUUUUCUCCCACCACCCAUUACCAUUGCACACGGUAUUUCUCAAUCAAUUUCGACUGCGGUUACAACGGACUCAGUUAGAAGACCGAUAUUGACAACACCGGAGAAUGUAGCUACUUCAAUUGCGCUGCCGAUAUCAACUCCCUUGAAUUAUACACCUAACGUUUCUUGUUCAUCGAAUCUAGUAUUAUUGGAGCAAUCAGCUUCAGUAGCAGGAUUGAAUACUGCUGCAGCGAUUGAAGUCGAGAAGCCAACUGAUGGAACUAUUUUACAUCCUCAGAUCUAUACUUCCCCAUUUGCACCAAAUAAGAUGCACUCCAAUUUUACUCGAAAUAUGGUACCAACAUUAGCCAAGCCAAUCGUCUAUGAUACCACGUUUCAAACAACAAUGUCACCUUGGCAUCAACCUCUUAGGAAUAUUAAUGAUGUGAGUGGAUUAGCAGUUGUUGCCGAUACAAGAGUGGCUUGUACUUCAGCUUCAACUACAAGUUUUCCGUCACUUGUUCCAAAUGUUCCAAAUAACCAAACUACACCAGCAAGAAGCACUCCAGUUGUGGAUAUAAUGAAUGCUCCUUUAGAUAUAGUAUUACCAACACCUUUGACUCCUACGCAUCUAACCAAUAAAGUUGAAAGCAACAAUUCAACUAUACAAACGAUGCCAAUCACUGAGUCAACAAAAAAGGAAGAAAUGAACUUGGUGCAGAUGCCACAAUUAUCAGAAAGUGCAGGAUCAUCGUCGGUUAGCUCCAUUGUCGUGCAGGCACCACGACCUGCAGCUGCAAUAGCACCUAUCAUGCAGACUGAUUGUAGUACCACAGCAGCAUACGAUU